GGCACUUAGUCUCUUUGGGCUAACUGUCUAGGCUUUUCGCUGCUUUCUGAAUCAUUUCUAUGAGUCACGGUCUGUUUGAGUUAGAGGGUAAAAAGCUUAAGACUGAAUGGGAGAGCUGCUACACCUGUCAGAGACAUAUGGGGGAUGGUGGCAGAUGAUUGGCUGAUGUCCUUCAGGUAAAACUACCUGAGUAUCAUAGGGAAAGGUGGGGAUCUAAACUCACUGCAACGUAGCUCUGAUUGUCUGUAGACUGGAGGACGAUCUUCGUUGAUUCAGGUUUAUCCGUUGAAACAGCUUUCAAAUAUCCAGUUAAGAUGUCCCUUUUCAAGAGGUUCUUUAAAGGCAUCAUCCACGACAGACACCCAGAAGAUGAAACUCCCAAGGUGAAGGAGAAGCCCAAACCAAAGUACCACGGAACAGUCACUCCAUAUCCGCAUUUCGAUGCCAGCAGUGAUGUUUCAGUCCUUCAGAGUGCCAUUCAAAGUAAAGAUGAGGACGUGAUCGUUGCCAUUCUGGUGAAGAGAAACAACGAGCAGAGGCAGAAGAUUAAAGCAGUUUAUGAAGCUUCCACUGGAAAAAAUCUGGUUAAAGUCAUGAAGUCGGUCCUCAGGUCCGAUUUGGAGGAUGUGGUUCUGGCUCUGCUUAUGCCGCCAGCUUACUUUGAUGCCUUCCUCUUCAGGAAAGCCACAAAGGGUCUGGGCACAGACGAGGACGUCCUCGUGGAGAUUCUGGCAACGAGAUCAAACAAAGAAAUUGAAGAGAUCAAGAAGGUCUUCAAACAAGAGUACCAAAUCGAGCUGGAGGAGGUGAUUAAAAGGGAGACCCAUGGUGACUUCAACAAGGCGCUGCUGGCCAUGCUGAGCGCCAAGCGAGACGAGACGACUGAGGUCAACAUGGAGCUGGCCAAAAAGGACGCAAAGGUUUUGUUUGAAGCAGGUGAAGGUGUCGGCAAAGCAGACGUGUCCACCUUCAUCAACAUCCUGACCACACGGAGCGGCCCACAGCUCUCUAAAAUGUUCCAGCAUUACGCCACCAUCAGUGACCUCACACUACCUAAAGCCCUGCAGCUGGAGCUGAAGGGAGACAUCGAAGACUGCCUCAUUGACAUUGUGAAAUGUGCCUGGAACAUGCCAGCUUUCUUUGCUGAGAAGCUCCAUCAGGCCAUAGAGGGCCAUGGCACAUCUGAGAGGGCUCUAAACAGGGUCCUGGUGAGCCGCUCCGAGGUCGAUCUGCAGAAGAUCAUAGAGGAAUACAAGGCCAUGUUUCAGAGAACCCUACAGGAGGACAUUGUGAACGACACCAAAGGUGAUUAUCAGAAGGCCCUGCUUGGGUUGUGUGGAUCUUACUGAGAACCUGAAGACCUCCACCUCUUUGGAAACAAAAGCCAACAAACUCAAAAUCAAAUUAAUGAAAGAAAUCAGUCAAGUUUAUGCUCUAAUAAAGCAUCUAUUUCCAUUUCUA